GACCUGAGCGAGAUCAAUAUGGUAGCGUAUUUGUUAGCUGUGUUCGUGUUGCUGUGUGCUGUGUCAGCCGAAAAUCAAAAACUAGUCGCGAAAGUAUUUCUAACAGAACCACUGCGGAAAAAUAACAUCCAAGGCAACAUCACAUUUACACAAGUCGAUGAGCACAAAGUUCAUGUGGAAGGUGUGGUAAUUGGUCUACCAGCUGGUCGCUAUGGCUUCCACGUUCAUGAGAAGGGGGAUCUAUCAGGAGGGUGUGCCUCUGCUGGGCCCCAUUUUAACCCUGAAAAGAAACAACACGGCCAUCCGAACGACAACAACCGUCAUGUCGGUGACUUGGGCAACGUAGUCUUUAAUGAAGAUUCCGUGGCUACAAUCGAUUUUACGGACACCAUGAUCGCUCUGUAUGGCCCUCACUGCAUUCUGGGAAGGUCUAUUGUCCUACAUGAAAGUGAUGAUGACUAUGGAAGAACUGAUCAUCCCGAUUCCAAGACGACUGGAAAUGCUGGUGGACGUGCCGCUUGUGGUGUUGUUGGAAUUGUUGAUCACGUGACCCCGGGGAACUCCAGUGGAACCAUCAGUGCUUCUAUCUUCUUGAUAGCAUCCAUACUUACUCUAAUUAUGUAAUAAAUUAGUUUUAAACAGAGUUGUAAGAAUAGUAUUCAUAGAAUUUACAAGCUAUGUAGCGUAAACAUUUCCGAAAAACAGUGAAAAUUAUAAUUAACACUAUGCAUACUAUAAAAUGCUUGUAUAAUACAUUGUAUUACCUAUGA